GCAACCUUAGCCUUAAGGGCACUACAUAAAUUCCAAGCGUUGAGCGAGAACCUUCGAAUCGAGGCUUCAACCUACAAGGGUUUAAGGAGGGCUUAGUAACCAAACCAAUUGUUUUCCUCCAUUUUCUUCCAAAAAUGUUAUCUUCCUUCUCACCAUACCAUCGUUAACUGCCUUCAUCUACAUCUAUCCUGCAAUUCACACAAAAACCCUAGAAUUCAAUUUCCAUUAAUUGGAAAUUCUCAUAUUCUCUUCAAAUGUUGAAGGUUCUCUCAUACUCAUCUCGAUUCCAGAAUGUUCUUUCCUCUUGUUCUCGAUCGACCGCCAUAACUCGGAAUUGCACUGAAUCAGCUACACCAUUGCUCCGAGUUCUUCACUCAAUUCGUGAUUCCAAUCGCCUUAAUCCCAAUUUUUAUCGUCUUGCUUUCUUCUGCUCCGAUUCUUCGUCAGAUGAUUCAGAAUCGGUUAAAGGUGCUGAUAAGUCCGCCUCAGGGGAAUCCGAAGAUACUAAAGCGAAGUCAUCGGAUGCAAUUCUUCCCAGCGUGUUUCGGCCGGAAGAUUGUUUCACGGUUUUGGCUUUACCACUUCCUCACAGACCAUUAAUUCCUGGAUUCUACAUGCCAGUGCAUGUAAAGGAUCCCAAACUGCUAGCUGCUUUGGCAGAAAGUCAAAGAAGGCAAGCCCCAUAUGCUGGUGCCUUCCUUGUCAAAGAUGAGCCAGAUUCUGAGACAGAGAAGAACAUAUAUGAUCUUAAAGGACAAGAACUUCUAAAUAGGCUGCAUGAAGUUGGGACAUUGGCGCAGAUUACAAGUAUCCAGGGAGAGCAGGUCAUUCUUAUUGGUCACCGCAGACUUCGAAUAACGGAGAUGGUGAAUGAGGAUCCUCUUACUGUUAAAGUUGAUCAUUUGAAGGAUUUGCCAUAUGACAAAGAUGAUGAUGUCAUAAAAGCAACUUCAUUUGAGGUCAUAUCUACUGUAAGGGAUGUCUUGCAAAGAAGUUCUCUCUGGAGGGAUCAUGUUCAAACAUAUACAAAGCAUAUCGGUGAUUUCAAUUAUCCAAGGCUAGCAGAUUUUGGAGCAGCUAUAUCCGGGGCAAACAAGUUGCAAUGUCAGCAAGUGCUUGAAGAGCUAGAUGUUCUCAAGCGCUUACAACUAACCUUGGAAUUAGUGAAGAAAGAAAUGGAAAUUAGUAAAAUUCAGGAAACCAUAGCGAAAGCUAUUGAAGAGAAAAUCAGCGGUGAGCAACGCCGUUAUUUGCUAAAUGAGCAACUCAAGGCCAUAAAGAAGGAGUUGGGACUUGAAACUGAUGACAAGACAGCACUUACUGGAAAGUUUAAGGAAAGAAUCGAACCAAACAAAGAUAAAAUCCCACAGCAUGUUUUGCAAGUCAUAGAAGAAGAACUUACAAAGCUUCAACUGUUGGAGGCCAGCUCUAGUGAAUUUAAUGUCACCCGCAAUUAUCUUGAUUGGUUGACGGCAUUGCCUUGGGGAAAUUACAGUGAUGAAAAUUUUGAUGUUAUUCAUGCUCAAAAGAUACUUGAUGAAGACCAUUAUGGCCUAUCCGAUGUCAAAGAGAGGAUAUUGGAAUUUAUUGCAGUUGGAAAGCUGCGGGGAACAUCUCAAGGAAAAAUUGUUUGCCUAUCUGGUCCACCUGGUGUGGGGAAAACUAGCAUUGGUCGCUCCAUAGCACGUGCCUUGAAUCGCAAGUUCUAUCGAUUUUCUGUUGGGGGAUUGUCUGACGUUGCUGAGAUUAAGGGUCAUCGUCGGACAUAUAUCGGGGCCAUGCCUGGAAAGAUGGUGCAGUGUUUGAAAAGUGUGGGGACAGCUAAUCCGCUUGUUUUAAUUGACGAAAUUGACAAGUUGGGUAAAGGACAUGCUGGUGAUCCAGCUAGUGCUAUGUUGGAGCUUCUUGACCCUGAACAGAAUGCAAAUUUUCUGGAUCACUAUCUAGAUGUUCCGAUUGAUCUGUCAAAGGUUUUAUUUGUCUGCACAGCUAAUGUAAUCGAAAUGAUUCCCGGCCCUCUUUUGGAUCGAAUGGAAGUGAUCUCAAUUGCAGGCUAUAUCACUGAUGAGAAAAUGCACAUUGCUCGUGACUAUUUGGAGAAAACCACCCGUGAAGCAUGUGGUGUCAAGCCUGAGCAGGUUGAGCUUACUGAUGGAGCCCUACUUGCUUUGAUUGAGAGUUAUUGUAGGGAAGCUGGGGUUCGUAACCUUCAAAAACAAAUUGAAAAAAUUUACCGCAAGAUUGCUUUAAAACUUGUGAGAAUUGGUGCUGAAAAUGAGUCGCUGCUGGCUUCUGAUGAGUCUAAAGUCGAUUGUUUGGUUGAUUCAAGUGGAAGCAUGAAUCUGGAUGAAAAUCAAACUAAAACUGAAGAAGAGUGUAUACAGGAAGAGCAGCCUGAUGCGAUCAGCUCAAAUGAUAUGGCCGCUGAACAUGAGCAACCCAAAAGCUCUAAUAAUAAACACGGUGGCUCAAAGGAUACUAGUGAAGUUGAUAAAGCUGAAGAAUCAAAGCUGGUUGAAAAAGUGGUGGUGCACCAAUCAAAUCUAUCUGAUUAUGUCGGGAAACCUGUUUUUCAUGCAGAACGUAUCUAUGAUCAAACCCCCGCUGGAGUGGUUAUGGGUCUUGCUUGGACAGCAAUGGGAGGGUCAACCCUCUACAUAGAGACAACUCAGGUUGAGCAAGGAGAAGGAAAAGCCGCUCUUAAUAUAACUGGGCAACUCGGAGAUGUAAUGAAGGAAAGUGCACAAAUUGCCCUCACAGUUUCUAGAGCAAUACUGCUCGAGAAGGAGCCGGAUAACAAUUUUUUUGCCAAUUCUAAGGUUCAUCUUCAUGUUCCUGCUGGAGCCACGCCCAAGGAUGGGCCCAGUGCUGGGUGCACUAUGAUUACUUCAUUGCUCUCUCUUGCAAUGAAGAAACCUGUUAAAAAAGACUUAGCAAUGACGGGGGAGGUAACACUAACCGGGAAGAUACUUCCAAUUGGUGGGGUCAAGGAGAAGACGAUAGCAGCUAAGAGAAGUGGGGUGAAGACAAUAAUCUUUCCCGCUGCUAACCGAAGGGACUUUGACGAGCUUUCGUCAAAAGUGAAAGAAGGCCUGGAUGUUCACUUUGUAGAGGACUACAGUGAAAUUUACAAUGUGGCAUUUAGUGAGGACUGAGGACUAAAAUAUUGUUGCAGGAACAUUGAAACAUUCCUUUUUUUGUGUCAUCCCUGGAGUUAAAUAAUGCGUUUAGAAUCAAUGGAUGAAGUUUCCAAAUUCCAUGUGCGAGCGAGGAGGAAAGAGUUUUUUUGUGGAAACCGGAAAGGAUGACAGAAUUUCAUUAGAGAAUCUCGCGUUGAGAUUUUGUUUUCUAUCUAAUUUAAUUCUUCAUAACAUUGUGAUAGUGUAGUCAUUCUUUUACGCCAAUGUACUAUUAUUAAUUUGUAAGAAUAUGAAUUUUGCUGAAAAAAGUACGAGGAAAGAGUUACAAUGAACUGUUUUUUUAUACUCUAUUUUCUAUGUGCCUUAGUGUAUGUAAUAUUGCACAAAGGCUUAAGCAAUUUAAAUUUACGUCAAUUGUUAUGAAAUGUCAACCUACCUCAUUAUUGAAUUUGAUUUUGUACUUCUAGUAA